GUUGGUCACACUGAUCGGCGACAGCUGAGCUCAAUAAAAAUAAAUAUCGAAUUUGUGUUUGUGUGUUAGAACCGAAUUGUGAUUUGUAAUGUUUUUCCGCAGCAUUAAAUAGUGAGGCACUCGAAGAUGACAGACAGAGGACUACGCCGAAGUGUAUACCAGUGCAUCAAUAAUUAUCCUUACGAUGCGGCCAGCAACGGUUACGCUCAGGCCAAUCUGCAGGCCAGUUGCAAGAAUUCUCUGGACUUUGUGCAACGAAUGAACCUGCUAAGCACCCUGAACGUGCACAACGGCUGUGUAAACACUGUGAACUGGAAUGCCAGCGGAACGCUUAUUGUGUCCGGCUCCGAUGACAACCAUCUGGUCAUCACGGAGGCCAAAAGCGGUCGUGUGGCGGCUAAAACCAAAACGCUGCACAAACGUCACAUAUUCAGUGCACGCUUUAUGCCGUUCACAAACGACCAGGCGGUCAUCUCAUGCUCCGGCGAGGGAAUUGUAAUGCACACCGAAUUUCUGGCACCCUAUGCAUCCGGCAGGAGCAUGGAGGAGGCUCUUGUUGACGAUACCGGUCGGAAUACCAACUUCUUUGACUGCCACGCAUUUGGCAGCACCUACGAUGUCCAACCUCUGCCCGACAGCCCUCGCACUUUUCUCAGCUGCGGCGAGGAUGGAACCGUUCGCUGCAUUGAUCUACGGAUCAGUAGCAGCUGUACGGAUUCCGUCUGCGAAAAGCACAUCUUUAUUACGGCACCCUGUGCCGUGACGGCCAUGGAUGUGGCGCCCAUUAAUCAUUAUAAUAUUGCCAUCGGCUGCUCGGACUCAAUAGUUCGACUUUACGAUCGCCGUAUGCUUUCAGAUGGUACUGAUCAGGAGCGCGUUACUUGGCCCCUAAAAGCCUAUCCCAUACCCAUGGAGUAUACACGUCGACAUUACCGUCCCACCUGCGUCAAGUAUAGCGCCAACGAGUCUGAGCUGCUGGUCAGCUACUCCAUGGAGCAGUUGUAUCUUUUUGAUCUGCUGCAUCCCGGCUAUAAUGAUGCUGAGCUCCUCAAGAGUGGCUGCUACACACCCAAGCUGCGACGAGACGACGAUCCUGAGCCGCAGAUGCCACGUUUGCGUUUCCGGGGCGAUUGGUCCGAUACGGGUCCCAAUUCGAUGGCAACUGCCGAGCAGGGCCUCAAUCGACUCAAUGUCGGCCAGGCCCGUCCGCCACUUGAGCCGGGUGUGCUGAGUCGCCUCAGUGAUGAAAUCUUUCGCAUGCUAAACUCACAGACUCGUCAGUCGCGUUCCCUCCACACAACUAGCAACAACAGCAGCAGCAGCAGCGGCGCCAGGAGCACUGGCCACAUAUCCUGGCAAGACGCCGUUAUACGCACCCUAGAUAAUCGCAGCGAGGCGGCAUCAAGUCGCAACAGCAACCAACUGUUAGCCCGAGUCCGCAAUGCAGUCGCCAAUGAUACUGAACAGUCGCCGCCAUCAGUUAACUUGGCUCACUUGACUGGUGAUGUUGCCAUGAGUCCUGAAAUGCCGGAGACCGCGCCGACAGAUGUGAAAAGGGAAACAGAGUCAGUCUCAGAAGGUAGACAAAAGUAUCCGCUUAGUAAAUUUGACUAUGUAAAAAUGUCGUAUAACGGACAUCGCAACUCGCGCACAAUGGUGAAGGGUGCGUGUUUCUGGGGCGAUGACUUUAUCAUGUCCGGCUCGGAUUGUGGGCACAUCUUUGUUUGGCAACGACAGACGGGAAAAGUGGUUAAAACGCUGCUGGCCGAUCAUCGUGUUGUAAAUCGUGUGCAACCGCAUCCCACACUCCCCUAUCUGCUAAGCUCGGGCAUCGAUUAUAAUGUUAAACUGUGGGCACCUAUUGGAGCAACGCCCACAUUUGACGAGGCGGAAACUGCAGGGCUAAUAAAGAGUAAUGAGAUAAUGCUGGUGGAGACACGAGAUACAAUAACAGUACCUGCACAGAUCAUGAUACGCAUAUUGGCCAGUUUACAUCAGUAUCGUCGACUUAUGCACGCAUCUGGAGGGAACCAUCGACGGGGACUGUCAAUAGACAGAGACGGAACGAAACUGUGCAAGAAGAAGCUAUGGAAACAGAUGCAGAAGUUGUUGUUGUUGAUGAUGAAGUAGAAGAUGAAGAUAAUAAUAAUGAUGGUGAUAAUAACAAUGAUAUCAACAGUGAUAGCAAUCACAGCAACAGCAACAACUCAAAUGUCACUUAAGUAAAUCUAGUCAAUAUUUAACUUUACCAAUGAAAAUACCUUUAGAAAUUGACAUACUCACAUGGAAAUAGGCGCUGCAUAUGUAUGUAGACAGCAGGAUACACACAAUAUAACCAUAUGACCCGUUCCUUUUCUGGUUUGAUUCACCAGCAUCCAACCAACAAGUCAAAACACAUUCCCAAAACACAACACAGGUAGCUUCAGUUCUUAUUCAGAUGUAGCCCGCAUUUCCAAAUUAUGAAUACAAAUAUGUUAAAAUUGUGAGACUAAAGAAUACACAAGAAUGUAUGUGAUACAUUCAUAUGUAUAACGAUAUUUAAAACUUGUUCCUUUUAAGUUGUAACUCGCCAUAAGGUGCCAUUAAACAAAAUACACACACAUUACAGUUUUUUUAAUUGCCAAUUAUUUUUAUUGACAUGACCGUUAAUGUUGAAUUGCCCAUUUUAUAGUUUAUCAUCAACAGCAUUUCAAAUUCGUUUGAGAUGUCAUGUUUCUGUAUUUGUAGUAUACAGUAUAUUCACUAACAUACAAUACACAACAGUGGUUAAGUAUUCUAAUCUUAAAUGCUACACAACUAUUAUUAAAAUGCUCUAUAUACAAACGUCAUCUGAUAUUAUUUACAUUACAUAGUCUAAUACCAUGUUUCUUUGUCGUACUCCCAUUGAACAUUUAGGAGUUACAUUGCAUAAAUAAAUACAUAUACACGAUCUUAUCAAUAUGUUGCACACGCUGAUCCUUUAACAAUUUGUUGAAUAAAUAUCUUUUUUAAUUGUGAAUAAUUAAUA